GGCAUCGUUUCUACCCGACGGCGAGGUAUGGGUAGCACGCUUGAGCGCCAUCCAUUUUCAGGGCUAGUUCAUUCGAUGAACUAACACCUUUUGUGGUGUCUGAUGAGCGUGCAUUCCGGCACCUUAACCUCGCGUUCGGUUCAUCCCGCAUCGCCAGUUCUGCUUACCAAAAAUGGCCCACUAGUAACGUUUCGUUACUGCUAUCCUGAGGGAAACUUCGGCAGGAACCAGCUACUAGAUGGUUCGAUUAGUCUUUCGCCCCUAUACCCAAAUUUGACGAUCGAUUUGCACGUCAGAACCGCUGCGAGCCUCCACCAGAGUUUCCUCUGGCUUCGCCCUAUUCAGGCAUAGUUCACCAUCUUUCGGGUCCCCACAUUUACGCUCUUACUCAAAUCCAUCCGAAGACAUCAGGAUCGGUCGAUGGUGCGCCCCACGAGGGGGCUCCCACCUCCGUUCGCUUUCACUGCGCGCACGGGUUUGACACCCGAACACUCGCGUAGAUGUUAGACUCCUUGGUCCGUGUUUCAAGACGGGUCGUUUACAACCAUUAUGCCAGCGUCCGAGCCGAAGCGCGUUCCUCGGUCUAGGCUGGCCGCAUUGCACCCCUGGCUAUAAGGUGCCCCGGAGGGCACUACAUUCCAGGGGCCUUUGACCGGCCGCCCAAACCGACGCUGGCCCGCCCACGGGGAAGUACACCGGCACGAAUGCCGGCUGA